AUGUCAACCAGAAAAGUACGAACAAAAAUUCGUUGUAAGACAGCAGAAGAAACGGACUGCCAAGUUGCAGCAUCGGGUUCAGGUGGUCAAACAAAAGUAAUCGAAUACUUCCGGACCAUUCAUCGUGAUCCAACCAAAAAAUUUAAACGUCUUAAGGUAUUUGCCGAUAACGAUGAAACAAAAACUGCUAAGCCUGCUCUGGAAUCGCCCAAGAAAGUGGCUCGUUUAAAAUCACCACAAACAUCUGAAAAGGAAGCUGAAAACAAUAGCCAAGAAUGGGUUUUGCCAAUAACAUGUGAAGCACAAUUCACUUCGAAGAGUGAUAAAACAAAGGAGAAUAAUAAUGGUGAUAUUGAUAAAUCUAAUUUGGAAGUUGCAAAAAGCAGCAAUCUCUCUGCGUGUUCAACAAAGAAAAUAACAAAAACUGAGUCUAAAGAGAAACAAGAAGGUGUCUGCGAUAAAAUUAAGCAUGAUACGGUGAAAGUUGCUUUUGUGGUGCCUCCUGAAACUGAAACGAGCAAAGCAGAUAAUACUAAUUUGAGCAUUCUGCCAAGCGCAGUAAAAUUGGUUGAAAGCAUCAAAAGCAGUGCAGGAUCGAAUUUAAGUGAUACGCUUCCACUUCCUACAAAAUAUGAGCGCUUAUUGCGCUUGUUCGACUAUACAGAAGUGGCAAGUCAUUUCUUGAAAAAUGUUGUUUCUUGGCUUGAGACGCAAGGGAAACGAAUUACGCUGAAUGAAGUGAUGAAUAAUGUUCAGCGUAAAUUAAAAAGUAACUACGAUGAACAGCAGUUCGCAAUGAUAUUGUCAAUAUACCCUGAAUCGUACAACAUUCGAUGUGAACGACGUUGGAUGCCAAUUGGUGGCAGACAUUGCAGUCUCAAAGAAUAUGAAUAUGUGAUUGAACCAAAUCUUAUCAGUGAUCUUGUUUUUCCGCAAAAAGAAAACGCAGAAGAAACUGCUUCGUCCAGAUCUUCACCUGUCAAAUCAACAAUGAGUUCGCCUUGCAAAGUUUCACCAAUUUCGCUUGACCGGAAUCCUAUAGCUUCAUCAUCUAAGAAAGCUACAAUAAUAUCACCGACUAAACCAUCUUGUGGAUCAAAUGUACUUAUUAUAUGCCCGCCAAAACUAGAGGGUCGUCGUUUACAUCGGAAACUGGAAUUCAAAAAUCGUUUACGCAGGCUGGUAAAUAUGCAGCAUGCUGCUUUUUUGAAGAAUGAAGGAAUUGAGAUUUCUCCCGACGAGCAGCUUCCGAGAUAUCAUCCUGAUUUUGACCUUGACGCUGUGGAUGACAUCAGACCUGCGAAAUUGCCUGAAAUGCCGAAAGGCGAUGCAGGUCAACCUGAGACGAUGAGGGAAUAUUUGAAAGCAGUACCUGAUAGCAGUAGUACACUUCCUGACAAGAUUAAGAUGGUAAUUACGGAACUCAGAAGUCCGGAAAAGGUAGUCGCUGUUGUUGCUGACAAAUCCAUACCGUUAUCGCCAAAGAAAUAUCAUAUGGAAACGAAAAAUACUUCGAAAACAAGUCUGCUAGAAAGAAUUCGAGCCAAAGAACGAGAGCGGAAGCGUCGGGAAAUGAUGCGAAAUCCUGAAAUGGAACAAAGAAAAGAAAGAUUGGAAAGGAUUUCCCGUUCGUUGCUACAAUGCAUUUGCAGCUACUACAAUUUAAAAAAGGUUGGAUCAAUGAAAUUCGUGGAAUUAGUCGAUAAAUUAGCUUUCGGUAUUGGCAGUAUUUCGAAAGGUGUGAAUUUAUAUUAA